AUGGUGGUGAGUGUGGGCCCAGAGCUUCAAUGGGCCGAUGAGGUGGUGUGUGAGAAGGUGGAUGGCAAGGUGGUGCCCAAGGCCCAGGACUUGGCAGGUGAGGCGGAGGUGAUCUGCCUGCUGAAUGAGUCGCGGGUGCGCAAUGCCAAGUAUGAUGUGCCUCACUAUGUGGUGGAGGGCUACUACCACGAUGAUGGGCCGCCGGCACUGGAUCAAAUCGUCGAAGCCUGCCGGCUCAUCCAUGAGAAGCUGCAGGCCAAGAAGAAGGUCUUGGUCAUUGCUCCCGCCGGAACUGAGUACAAAUCGCACAGGCAUUUCUCAGGGCUUUGUACUGCCGCCUAUCCAUUGCUGAUGAAGAAGGUCACGGUCGACCAGGCCUAUGCUCCCUGGGAGGGCCAGAACUUGAAGUUUCGGCCGCACUCCUGGGCGUCCGUGCGCAAGCCAGCGCCCGAGGGGGGCAUGCUGCUGAAGACGUGCCUGGAAGCCUUGGAGGUGGCCACGAGGCUCAAGUGGCUUGAUGUGGAGGCCUUCGACUCCAAGGCAUAUACGGAGCUUUGCGCCAAGUGGGAUGCUACAUGGGUGAUCCCUGGCGAGAUCCUCCUCAUGGCAGAUCCGAUGACCACGGUCAUGGACCCGGACCCCGCCACCUGCAGCCACCUGGUGGGCCCUGAGACGCCCAACUUCGCCGCGUGGUUCGAAGUGCUCAACGUGGCGGGCCUCGUGCGCCUCAACAAGGACCGAGAGUCAGGCCUCGAGAAGAGCUACGACGCCAAGAAGUUCAAAGAUGCUGGCUUGCUUCACGUCCAGGCCGCAUAUGACGACACCGGAGGAGGUGUGCCCGACAAGGCCAUUGCCAAGAAGGUCCUCGAUGGCUGCAGCGAGGUGGCUGAAGGGAAGGCCAUCGCUUUUCACUGUAAGGCAGGCUUUGGGCGCUCGGGUGUCUGCGCCGCGCUCCUGGCGAUCCACCGCUAUGAUCUGUCUGGGCAGCAUCUGCUGGCCUGGCUGCGCUUCUGCCGCCCGGGCACCAUCACCACCCUUUCUCAAGCCCGAUUUUUGGCCUCGCUUCAGGGACGACAAAAGCUGGAGGAGUGGAUGUCUGAGUCCGAGGGUUGCUGUACAAUGUGUUAG